GGGCUCAGGCGGGGCGCUCGGUCAGGCGGUUACGACCAGGAGGCGUCGGAACCUGGCGUCGUAGGGCUGUGCUGCGCGGUCAGUCCCAUUCACCCUCGCCUGGCGCUCUCCGGCGUGGGCGGGCCGGACCUCCGCCGCUUCCAGGAAGGGCCGUGGGCCGUGGGACCCCAGCGAGGCGGCCAGUUACUUUGUAGUUUCACUCAGAAAAACAUAUGGAGACAUUUAUACCCAUUGAUUUGACAACUGAAAAUCAAGAGAUGGACAAGGAGGAAACUAACACAAAACCAAGACUUUUAAAAUACGAGGAGAAAAAACACGAAGAUAUAAAACCAUUAGAGACUCAACCAACUGAAAUAGCAGAAAAGGAAUUGGAAUAUAAAACAGUUAAAGCGUUCACUGAAUCUUUGAAGUCAGAGAAAACAGAAGAUUACCUUAAAGAAAAUAUAACUCAACAACAUAUGGUUUCUCCAGAACCAGCUUCGCUUAGGGAGAAAGGGAAGUCAUGGAGAAAAAAGGAUCAAACUCAUGCUUGUCCAAAAGUUAGGAAAGCCAGGCCUGUGUCAUAUGAUAGAACAGAACCAAAAGAUGAUGAUGUGAUAAGAAAUAUUAUUAGGCUACGAGAAAAGCUUGGUUGGCAAACUGUAUUACCGCAGCACAGUUUGAAAUAUGGAAGUUCCAAAAUUGCAGUUCAGAAGAUUACUUUAAAGAAACCUUUGGAAGAUGAUGGAGAAUUUGUAUAUUGCCUUCCUCGGAAAAGUCCUAAAGCCCUUUACAAUCCGUAUGAUCUUCAGGUCACUAAUAUCGUUGGUAGUAUAGAGGAAGUAGAACUCAUACCUACUUUGGAAUGGCUAUCAGAAAGAAGACAUUACUAUUUAUUACGUCAAUUCAAGAUAUUUUCUGAUUUCCGAAUGAAUAAAGCAUUUGUCACCUGGAAAUUGAAUGUUAAAAGAAUUAAGACAGAGAAGAGCAGAUCAUUUUUGUACCACCAUCUUUUUUUGGCUGAUGACUUAUUUCAAGCCUGUUUGCUUUAUAUAAGAGGACUUUGUGAAGAUGCAAUUAAUCUCAAAAAUGAUAAUGACCAUGAAAAUAAUCUAUCUGCCAUAUGCCUUGUAAAGCUGGAUAGUUCUCGAACAUAUUCUCUAGAUGAAUUUUGUGAAGAGCAGUUACAGCAAGCUACCCAGGCAUUGAAACAACUUGAGGACAUCAGGGAUAAGGCAAUUUCAGAGAUGAAAAGUACUUUUCUAAAGGUUGCAGAAAAGAAUGAAAUCAAAAGGUAUUUUGAGUCAAAACUCUCUGAAGAUGACACAACACAUUUCAAGCUGCCUAAAUAUAGACGUUUAUUAGAAACAUUUUUCAAGUUUGUAAUGCUGAUUGACUACAUAUUUCAGGAACUCAUUCGUCAACUUAUGAACACUGCAGUCACACUACUUUUGGAAUUAUUUAAUGGUUCUGCUGGAAUGCCAUUUUCAGUGGAAAAAAAGAAUGAAAAUCUCAUCAGGUAAAUUAUUUUUUUGAACUCAAAAAGUAACUUACAAUUAUAAUAUUUUAACAUAUUGCCACAUAUGGAGGAAAUAUUCAAUAAUUUAAGCUAGAGUUUGAAAAUUCUCCUGGUGGCAAAGUACAUGUACUCAUUUUUGCUAUUAACAGAAAUUAUUAUUUAGUAAUACCUUACUUAAUAUUGGUGCUAUAGGAUGCCCAGUAGAAUUUUAAUUUCACAUAAAUGAUACAUGAUUUUUAGUAUACUUUAAGUAUUACCUAUGUUAAAAAUUAUUGUUUAUCUGAAAUUCAGAUUUCUCUGAUAAUUUAGCAAAUAUAUAUUUUAUUUGUUAUAUCUGGCAAUUCUGCGCCUAGGUAUACUCUGUCUUCCAAGGUCAGAGUUAGUUUUUAAAGAUAAUGUGAGAAUUCUGGAAGGAGCUACAAAGUCCAAUUGGAAUUUGAGUCAAUUCCAAGAAAUAUCUAUUGAAUAUUUUCCCAAUGAGAAAACUAUCUGAAAAAUAUUUUUACCUUCUAAACACUACUGUUAAAAACAAAGCAUUUUUCUUAUUUUCAACAACUAGAUAUAUCUACCAUAACUAGUGAAACAGGAAUAUUAAUUGAAAUGAUGGCAUACUUUGUAGCUGGUGAAACAGGACUAUGAAUUGAAAUGAUGGCAUGCUUUAAUUUUUAUUUAUCAAAAUUUAAUAAUGUCAUUUUAGGCUAAUUACAGUUUUAUAACUAGAUAGCUGAAAAUAUAUCAAU